GUUGCCUAUUUCCCACCAAAAACAACCGCAAACUGCCCAACCGGUAAAACUCCUCGUAACGACAAAAUUCACCUCUCUACCCAGAUUCUUCAGAUUCCCCCUUUAUCUCUCUCCUCUGUACAGGACGGCGGACAGUGAACAUUCAUGUCCAUGUUCUUUUUCGUUGUCGCAAUCCCUAAUUCUCAAUUUUGACUAAAAUUUCUCAAUUGGGCGACCCAAUUUAAUCAAAACAAACCCUAACUUUUCGCGAAUGAUCUUCAUCUUCCUCGACCUCAGACAUACGAAUACAAGAUCCAAUCUUUUAACCUUAAUCAGCUCAAUUUGGGAUUUUAAUCGUCUUCGACAUUGUUAAAUUACGGAUUUUUAGGUUUUUUUUUGUAUGCAAUGAGGCGCCGGAUGGAAAGCAUCCAGGAUCUCAUUGAAGAAGCUAAAGUUCGUUUUCUAUGGUGGGCUUUAUUCAUCUUCUCUAUUACUUAUUUCCUAUCUCAUACAAGUAAGUCAAUGUGGAUGAAUAUCCCAGUUGCAGUCUUAAUUGCAAUUCUUUUGCGCCACCUGACAAAUCAGGUUGAGUUCUGUCCGAAGGUUCCAUCAACCAGAAAACAAGCAUACCUCUAUAAUUUGGGGAAGAAGCAACUGUCAGUGAAUGAUCCUCGUCUGUCUACAGUUCCUCCCCCACCAAAUUGGAGGGGGAAAUUUAAAUCACCUAUUGUAGAGGCUGCAGUUGAGGACUUUGUUGAUAAAAUUAAAGAAGACUUUGUUACGGACUUGUGGUAUUCUGCUAUAACACCUGACAAAGAAGCCCCUGAUCUGAUGCGUUCCAUAAUUUUGGAAGCCCUAGGAGAAGUCGCAGGAAGGGUAAAGGAAGUGAACCUUGUUGAUUUACUAACAAGGGAUAUAGUUGACUUAGUAGGUGAUCAUCUGGAAUUGUUUAGAAAAACCCAAGCUUCUAUUGGCGUAGAUGUUAUGGUUACUCUGUCUUCUGAAGAAAGGGAUGAAAGAUUAAAACACCAUCUUAUGGCUUCUAAGGAACUCCAUCCAGCAUUGAUGUCUGCUGAGAGUGAGUACAAGGUUCUGCAGCGUCUCGUGGCUGGAUUACUAGGUUUGGUUCUGAGGCCAAAAGAAGCACAAUGUCCUCUUGUUCGGUGCAUCGCCCGAGAGUUUGUAACUUGUUUAGUACUGCAGCCUGUUAUGAAUCUUGUGUGUCCAGAGUAUAUUAAUCAGUUGGUUGAGAUUCUUCUUCUUCACGUCAAAGAUUUUUUGGCUGGAUCAGAUGGUGAUGAUCAGUCAUCAAAGGGGGAUAAUAAUCAAUUUGUUGCUGAAGGAAGCAUACGAUCUGGUGAAACUUCAUUGAAGAAACGUAAAGACUUCCAUAAUCAAGAGAAUGAAAUUCCACAAGGUGAAAAGGAUCCGCUGAUAAAAAUGGCCUUGGAGGCUUCACUGGCUCCUUCUUCUAAUCUGUCUUAUCAAGAGUCUGCGCAGCCAAAAGUUGCUGACUGGGCACGAGUACUGGACGCUGCAACUCAGAGAAGAACUGAAGUUCUUGCGCCUGAAAAUCUUGAAAACAUGUGGGCUAUAGGAAGACACUACAAAGAUAAAAUCAAUAAAUCCGCAAAAGGGCAUCCUCCUCAAGUACCUGAUAACAAACUAGUUGGCUCCGUUGCUGGAUCAAAUAUCACUGAUCUAGUCAAAGAUGGUAGCAACAAGAAGAAAAGAGUAUCUCUUGACGUGGAUAAGGAUUCUACUUUAAAAGAAAUGGCUUUUGUCUGUGAAGUUGACGGUGAUAAUAUUAUUACAGCUGAUGGAAAUAAAACUAGGCUUAAGCGGUCCUGCAGUACUUCUGAUUUAAAAGUUGAAUCUGAGGAGAAAAGUGCUAAUAUUGGUCAAAGCCAAAGCCUUAUAAUUUCAGAGGACUUCUACAGUCCAAACAUUGGAAGGUGCAGUGAACAAAAAAAAUUAAACGAUCUGCCUGGUUCAGUGAUUCGGGCUGAGGGGUCACACUUUCCCAAGCUUAUGUGUCGGGUCGUAGGAGCAUACUUUGAGAAAAUCGGAUCGAAAUCUUUUGCUGUGUAUUCUAUAGCUGUCACUGAUGCACAGAGUAACAAGUGGUUUGUGAAAAGGAGAUACAGGAACUUUGAGCGAUUACAUCGACAGCUUAAGGAUAUUCCAAAUUAUAACUUACAUUUGCCUCCAAAAAGGAUAUUCUCAUCCAGCACUGAAGAUUCUUUUGUGCAUCAGCGUUGCAUCCAGCUUGACAAAUAUCUGCAAGAUCUUUUAUCCAUAGCUAAUGUUGCUGAACAGCAUGAGGUGUGGGACUUUCUCAGUGCUUCCUCAAAGAGUUACUCAUUUGGAAAGUCACCGUCAGUGAUGAAAACACUCGCAGUAAACGUAGAUGAUGCUGUUGAUGAUAUUGUACGCCAGUUCAAGGGGGUUUCAGAUGGCUUAGUGCGCAAAGUUGUUGGUUCAUCUUCAUCACAAUUUGAAGAACUUACAUCUGUGCCAACCAGAAACUUGUCCUUGAAUGAACGUGAUCUUAUUAUGCAUGGUUCAUUAGAUGCUUCAAUUGAAACAGCUAAUACUUUUUCUGAUAACGAAGAAGGGGAUAAAGAUGGAAGUCUUGACAAUGAGGCAUUAGAUUCCGGUGUUGACGGGAGUGGGUGGCAUUCAGAUAAUGAGUUGAACUCAAAGAGCUUUCCACCGCGUGUGGUCAAAAGAACUGGAGAUACACUACACUCGCAUGGUGAGACGAUGCGACCUUUUGUGAUGAAAUCCAACUCUGUUGGAGUAACAAGAUUGCCGGAUAUGCGUCAUCCUAUUGAUGAUCCCGUCGGAGUGCCACCUGAGUGGGCACCACCUAAUGUUACCGUACCUAUGUUGAAUUUGGUUGACAAGGUAUUUCAGCUUAACAGGAGAGGCUGGAUAAGGAGACAAGUCUUUUGGAUCUCAAAGCAAAUACUGCAGUUAGUCAUGGAAGACGCUAUUGAUGACUGGCUAUUGAUGCAGAUUAAUUGGCUCCGCGGAGAGGAUGUUGUUGCUCAAGGAAUUCGGUGGGUGAAAGAUAUACUCUGGCCAGAUGGAAAGUUUUUUCUCAAGCUAGAGAUCAGUGGGAGUGGAUUGGAUGAAAUAGACAAUACAUCUUUUCAAGCGACACCUCGAGCAACCAGCAGGAAGUCCCAAUCUUGUUCAUUUGAGAUGCAACUUGAGGAAGCUCGAAGAGCUAGUUAUGUGAAGAAGAUGCUUUUCAACGGAGCUCCAGCGCCCUUAGUCAGUAUGAUCGGUGCAAAUCAGUACAAGCGUUGUGCACGAGAUCUCUAUUUUUUUCUUCAGUCUUCGGUAUGUCUAAAACAAGUUGCCUACUCUAUCUUGGAGCUUGUGCUUGUAUCAAUCUUUCCUGAGUUGAAAGAUGUUGUCGAAGAUAUGCAUCAGAAGAUGCAGGCUCAACAUGCUUAGGAAAAACAGGAUUUAACACCAUUUGAGACGUGCUUGGACAUUUUUCGAGCAAAUAUUGCAAAGUUCAGAACAAUGUUAUUUCUUGAAGAUGAAGACCCUCCAUUCGGAAGCUUCUGCCAUCUUCCGGAACAAAUCAGAAGACGAGAGUUGGGAGAGAUCAUGGAAGACGAGGAAAGAGAAGAUGUCCAGAUACGAGACGAGAUGAGAUUUUCCAGGGCCGGGUUUAGAGAUGGGCUUUUAUUUUGGAUUUGGGUAGAGAGGUAAAAAGCUAUGGGUGUUUGUGUUAACUGUACAGAAGUGUACAGAUUUUUGUAUAGAGUUUAGUCCCACUUUUGUUACAUACGAGUAUUCUUUUUUCAGGCAACCCCCCUUUGUAAGGGGAUUUUGUAUUUAUUUGUAAAUGUGUAAAACGAAGAAUCAUAUAUUUAGAUGAUUGUUAUCUUACUAUGCAUAGUGAUUUUUGGAUUUUACCUUGAAA